AUGGAUUGCCCAGGACAAGAGUGUUUGAAAGAGGUUCGAUUUGGCUUCGGCAAGAGCUCUUCUGAAGCGAACGAGUACAAACGAGGCGACGAGGGCUUGAAAGAAGGCCAUUUGCCAACGCCUUUUUGCCUUCUUGGAUCGAGAAUUGAGAUGGCGGCAGAUUUGGCCACUUAUGCCAUGCAUGGCAAUGCGGAAAAGGCUGAGAGCACAGGCAAACUCACUAUGCUCUCGGAUUGCGUUCGCUUCACAUCCUACGCUGCAUUUGUGGUGGCGCUGAGAGUCGAAUUCUCCAUGUUGUUCAAUGCGGCUUUGCUCCUGACUUCACAACUCACAGAUCACGGCAAGCCCUUGGGCUUGGCUCAGGCUUCAAGGGCUUGGUAUGGCCUUAGCCUAGCACAAGAGAUUCUGCCCUUUGCUCGACACCUGCAUUGCCGAUUGCUCACGCCAAAGAAUGUGUGCAAGCGAUCUGGCGAAGUUUGGCCACCCAGUGAGCCAUUGCAAGUGCACAGACUUCUAGACUCGCAGCCUCUGGGUGAUCAAGAUGUGCUGAUCCACUGUUUGCAGAUUUGCCUUCAUCGUCGGUUUCAACCAGCGAUGGAUCUUUACUCACAGCUCGAAGAGGCAGCAAAUCUGGAGACUUGGAUGCGACAAUUGCGGAAUUUCAGACUGACGCAGUUUCCUCCUGCAGCUGGCCCUGGCGAUGCUCCACCUCCAUCUUGGUGUGCAGCUGCAGCAGCUCUACCAGAUGGACGCUUGUGUGUUGUUGGUGGCGGUUGCUAUAGUUACGAAUGGACAAAUGUCCAGUCAAAUAUGAAGGAAGUUUUUUGGAACCAACCUGGUCUCUACGUUUUCGAUAUAUCUUCAGUGCAGUGGUCUCGCCAAGCAACAACUGGCACACUGCCACCUCCUGCGCACACUUAUGCUUCAGCCCACACAGUGUUGGACUCUCGCUGGAUGUUUUGGUGUGGAGGCUACUAUGGCCAGGCCUACAAUACAGCUUAUGCCCUGGACAUUGGCACAUGGGAGUGGAGAGCCCUUCGAAACAGUUCUGACCAAUGCCCAAGUGCACGGUACUUCGUUGCUUCCUUUGAGCACUUGGGCGCUUUGUAUGCUUGGGGUGGGCGCAGCUCACAGGACAAAUACUGCAAUGACUUAUGGCGGCUUGACCGAUCACGAGCCCAACAGGAUAUUGUCCACACAGAGGAAGUGGUGGCAAGCGGAAGUCUCCCUCCUGCGCGGUUUGGAUCGACCCUGACGAAUUGUGAUGACCGCUUCGCUUUACUUUUUGGGGGUGGCCAAUGGAAGACUGGCGGCAGAUUCCUCUCGGACAGCACUAUCUAUUCCUUGAAUUUGCGUGCCUUUGAGUGGAGCCGCCUUCACACCACUGGGUUAGAUCCCAUGCCUCGCCUUCAGCAUUCGGCAGUCAAUCUGGGUGGAAAUCUGGUUCUGAUCUUCGGAGGGUACGAGGCCAGUGAGCGAAGAUAUCUUGGCUAUCCAGACGCCGCUGUCCUCAAUGCAAGAAGUCUACAGUGGAUGCAGUUGGACAGCGGCAACCGUCUUCGAAUCGGUGUUCAAGUGGAGGUCUCUUCCGAUGAGGGUGAUGACAAAGCCAUCGGACUAGUUGUAGACGGACCAGAGCUGAUUCCCCACUGCUCGCAAAAUGGAUGGUACGUCAAGGUCGGGAGCGAAGUGAUGCUAGUUGAGGAGAGGUUGCUGCAGGUGCGGCAGCACCUGCAGCGAAGACCAAGGGCACCAAUGCAUCAGGACGGCGAGCAGCUGCCUGUCACAGCUUCAGAUGGGGCCCAAAGAAUGGACGAAAGCAACUUUGAAGAGAUCCAGGAUGAGCAUAGCUGGAUGCAAGGAUGCUUCCCAUGCGGAAGGGCAGGCAUGGCUGUUGCAGAAGCAAAACCUGGUACGCGACGAUUCUACAUUUUUGGCGGUGCCAGGCUGAAUCUCAAGAGCCGUGAAGGCCGACCUCGCAAGUCCUUUGGGGAAGAUCCGCACAAAGAGGGCCAGUUCAGCCAGUGCCAGGGCAGCAAAUCGGACAAGUUGGAGGCGGCACCUCGGCUGCCAGGACGUGUGUUGGAGGAUACCCUGUCAAGAACCUGUGCGGCAGCUUUCCUCACUCAUGAACCUCGCGAACCUCGCAGUGAACAGCGCAGCGAGCCUCGCAGUGAGCUUCGGCCAAAGCCACAGGUGCCCACACAGGCCCCGCCAAAAGGAAAGAAAGAAGUGAAUGCUGCAGCUCCUGCUGCCCCCUCCGCUCGCCGGAAGACAAUAGCAACAGAACAUCCAGCUGUGCGGUCCAGUGGGAAGAUGAGACCCACACCGCAAGCCAUGCCAGAGAGAUCCAGUAUGGCAUUUGAGCCUCAAGUCACCAGGCACACCAAGUUUGCUUAUCCCUCUUCCACUUGGGACAAGCUUACCGUCAUGGGCACGGACUGCGAUGUUGGAAGAGGAUGUCUUUUCGAAUUUUGGUGCUUCAGGUACAACAUCAAGCGGCUGUGUGUGUCCAGAGUGUGUGGAGAGGUCUUCAGACACGUCAAAUGUUUGCAGAGUCAAGGGAAAGGCUUGAAAGAGCUAGAGACCGCAGAGAAAUCAUUCGGACCUUUUUCAGAAAGCUGCACAGAGCGCAACCCCACGCGAUGGAAGAGGCAUGCAGUCCCGCAGCAAGAUGCCUGUCAAGUUUGCCUCGGAUGUCGCCAUUUUCGCCUGAGCUCUCUGGACAUUCUGACCUUGAAGCGGUUCGGAAUUGGCUUUCAGGAGCACUUCCUUCGUGGAGAAUUCUUCAAGUUCUUCGCGUGGAGUGCAGCGGUGCAGCUGCAGCAGCAUACAAUGGCGUUAGCCGCACCCUCGGACCAGAGCGACUCCUUUGGCAUGGCACGUCAUGGGACUGUGUGGCAAACAUUGCUCAGAACGGCUUCAACCGGGCAUACGGUGGCCGGCAUGGGUCAAAGCUGGGACGAGGCAGCUACUUUGCAGAGGAGGCCACUUUUGCUUUACGCUUCUGCGGGCGGAGCCAGCACCGGGCUAUCUUUCUUGCAGGUGUUUUGCCGGGGCGCUUUUGCCGUGGUGCGGAAGGUUUGGUGGAGCCACCUGCGCUGGAUGCAGGUACCAGAUACGACUCUACAGUUGACGAUCCAGCAAAUCCCAAGGUGUUCUGCGUCUUCCGCGACUUCCAGGCAAUCCCAUUGUACCUUGCUGAA